CCACCUCGCAGGUCUGAGCCUCCGGGACUACAACCCCCGACAAGCACUGGGAGGCCGCGCCGUCAUUAGCGGUAGCCAACCGCGCCCCAGCGGGGCAAGCCCCGCCCCCUUGCUGAAGCCGGCCUCCGCCAAUGGGAGGGCUCCCAGCGCGGAGCCUGCGGGUUAGGCUGUGAGGCCCGGGCCGGGGGCGGGGAGGAGCCGAGGGGGUUCGGAGCUAGCUCGGCCGCCGGGUGGCUCCGGGCGUUCGGCGCUCCCUUCAUCGAGGCGGCGGUGGCCGGGGUGGGCGCCGGGAGUGGGAAGCGACGGCGCGGCUUGAAAAUGCCGGUGCAUUCCCGGGGGGAUAAGAAGGAGACGAACCAUCACGAUGAGAUGGAGGUGGACUACGCCGAGAACGAAGGGAGUAGCUCCGAGGACGAGGACACCGAGAGCUCGUCAGUCUCGGAGGAUGGCGACAGCUCAGAAAUGGAUGAUGAAGACUGUGAAAGAAGAAGAAUGGAGUGUUUAGAUGAAAUGUCCAACCUUGAAAAACAGUUUACCGAUCUCAAAGAUCAACUUUAUAAAGAGCGAUUAAGUCAGGUGGAUGCAAAACUACAAGAAGUCAUAGCUGGGAAAGCACCAGAGUAUUUGGAACCACUGGCAACUCUACAAGAAAAUAUGCAAAUUCGUACAAAGGUAGCAGGAAUCUAUAGAGAGCUCUGCUUAGAAUCAGUAAAGAACAAAUAUGAAUGUGAAAUUCAAGCUUCUCGCCAGCAUUGUGAGAGUGAGAAGCUGUUGUUAUAUGAUACAGUCCAGAGUGAGCUGGAGGAGAAGAUACGAAGGCUGGAAGAGGACAGGCACAGUAUUGACAUCACCUCAGAGCUGUGGAAUGAUGAGCUGCAGUCAAGAAAGAAGAGGAAGGACCCGUUUAGUCCCGACAAGAAGAAGCCCGUUGUUGUUUCGGGCCCAUAUAUAGUGUAUAUGCUACAAGAUCUUGACAUUCUGGAAGACUGGACAACAAUCAGGAAGGCAAUGGCUACGCUGGGUCCACACAGAGUGAAAACAGAACCUCCUGUGAAGCUUGAGAAGCAUCUGCACAGUGCCAGAUCUGAAGACGGAAGACUGUAUUAUGAUGGCGAAUGGUAUAUACGCGGACAGACCAUAUGUAUUGAUAAAAAAGAUGAAUGUCCUACCAGUGCCAUAAUUACAACAAUUAACCAUGAUGAAGUUUGGUUUAAGAGGCCUGAUGGAAGCAAAUCUAAGCUUUACAUUUCACAGCUACAGAAAGGAAAAUAUUCAAUUAAGCAUUCAUAAUCAUGAUGUAAGUGUUAGCUAAACCUACCUUAUUAGUGUUACAAAGUGUGAUGUGCCAUGGGAGUAAAAAACUAUUCAGUAACUUCACAUUCUCAUUGUACCAAGACAGAAUUUGCAUUUGUAGGCAGUACUUUAAGUAGACCGCAUAUCGAUGUUUUUAGAAGAAAUAGUAAAAAAGGUUAAUCAUGAUCAUUGCAUUUGUUUGCUCUUAGGUCCCAUGAACAGUAUAGGUAGGGAUUUCUUUCUAAAUUCUUUUUUUAAAGGUUAUAUAAAUAUGUCAUCUUUAGUGCACUAUGAUAUUCUGUGUUCAGAUUUUUUCCAUUUCUUUGUCAUUCUUUGUAAAUAGGUGAUAAAAUGAUUCCUAUAAAUGUUUUGUAUUAGUAGAUUAGUGUUGAAUCACAAUUGAGAUUGAAACAUAUAUAUGUGAGUAUGUACAUAUGGGAUCAUCAGCUUAUUUAGAACUGAUGGCCUUACGUUACAAUCUUGUUUUACCCAAAAUGGAACUCUUGGGUUUGAGAGCUAAAAGGAGCACUUUUGUAGCAUAGAGGCUUUCCUUUUCCUCUUCCUUGAGUGUGUGGUUGUUACCUGCUUUUUACAAGUUGUACUUCAUUAGUAAAGUCAGUGUCACGUGAUAACAUACUUUGACCUGUGUUUCCUGUGACCCUGUAGAGGGCAGGUCUUUAUACCUGGUAUUUAUGAUGCAGUGUGUAAGUGGACAUUAACUGACAGUAUUGUGGUGCUUGCUGUACAUGUCUGAUUUUUUGGAAACAGAUUUUUAGGAAGUGUUUUCCAGAGGUGAAGAAUGGUCCUUACCUGAUUUGAUUCCUAUGGUCACAUAGACAGAGGUAGUCUCCUUGAAUCUGUUUCCAACUUUAUUAUUUUUUUAUCCCUGGUGUUUCUAUACAUUAAGGCCCUUCGGUGCAAUUUGGAAAAUGUCCUCCCGUCCCCUAGCCACAUUCAACAUUAACUUCCAGAGCCUCAGGAACCGCACGAAGCAUCGAGACCCUGAUUACAGCAACGCUGUGGGCUGUAGCAUAUGUUCAGGGUGCAAGCAAGCCAAGUAUUCCUGGUGGCCUUGUGCACUUUAAUUCCCAUUACAGUGAGACUCAAGAGGUCGAGGGAGAAAUCUGCCUGUGAACACUUAGCGCAGGAAAAGCUGCACGAUUCCGUUUGUUUUCUUACCGUUUACCUCUGCAAACCUCGGGUGAAGAUCACUACUUCCCGGUUGCCAAAUUUUAAAACAUUUGACUGCUGAAAUGCAACAUCAGCUAAGUUAUGCUACUUCGUUCUCUUUCUAGUCGACCUUAGCAAAUGUACAGAAUGUCAUAACUCAAUAGUCUUUGACAGUACUUAUGUAUACAAUGUUUGAUAAGCAUUUUUAAUAAGAUUUGUAUUUUUAAAUUUAGUAUAUAAUAAAAAGAUGUGUUGAAAUGUC